CAGCUGUCUAAAGUAUUUUGCUGUUGUGUAUUGAUGAUUUUUUCUUUUGCAACAGGUAUGUAACACCACUGAUGUGAGUUAUGAACCUCAGCUUCUGAAAACAACAGUUCCGUGUCUAAGGAAGUUGCUCUAGCAGGGAUAUACAGCCCCAGAGUGCAUAGCAAAGAGGAGAAGACACUUAACAAAUAGCAAAGGGAUGUGAAGUUAUCUUCCAAGAUGACUCUUCUACCUGGAGAAAAUUCUGAUUAUGACUAUAGUGCCCUGAGCUGUGCUUCAGAUGCUUCCUUCAACCACGCAUUCUUCCCAGAAACAGAGACCCUCAAGGGCGUCUUUUACCAAAGAGCCAAGCUAAUUCACCCUGAAGAGGAUCUCCUGAAAGGCUUUCACCCUGAUGAUCGGAAGCAUCAUAUUAUUAUAAAUGUAGGGGGCAUUAAGUAUUUGCUCCCGUGGACCACGCUUGAUGAAUUCCCCUUGACACGCUUGGGACAACUAAAAUUCUGCAACAAUUUUGAUGACAUCCUGAACAUCUGUGAUGAUUACGACGUGACGUGCAAUGAGUUCUUUUUUGAUCGCAACCCAGGAGCGUUCAGGACAAUCCUGACCUUUUUGAGGGUUGGAAAGCUUCGGCUCCUGCGUGAGAUGUGUGCGCUGUCUUUCCAAGAAGAGCUGCUCUACUGGGGAAUUGAGGAAGACAACUUGGAUUGGUGUUGUAAGAGGAGGUAUCUGCAAAAAAUGGAGGAGUUUACAGAAAUAAAUGAACGGGAGGAUGAUCUUAUAGAAAAUGAAACAGCAGGUGAAACAGUAGAGGAAACAAAAAUUGGCUUGUGCAUGAAAAAGUUGCAAGACAUGGUAGAACGACCCCAGUCUGGCCUCCCUGGGAAGGUGUUCGCUUGUUUGUCUGUUUUAUUUGUAACUAUUACAGCAGUGAAUUUGUCCAUCAGCACCAUGCCUGACCUGAGGGAGGAGGAGGAUAAGGGUGAGUGUUCCCAGAUGUGCUACAAUAUUUUCAUUGUGGAGUCUGUCUGUGUGGCGUGGUUUUCACUGGAGUUCCUGCUGAGAUUCAUCCAAGCAAAGAGCAAGUUUGCAUUUUUGAGGAGACCGUUAACUCUGAUCGACAUAAUAGCUAUUUUGCCAUAUUACAUCACUUUGCUGGUAGACACCACUUCGGUGGGCUACAAGAAGCCCAGCUCUGGGAGCAUCUACCUGGACAAAGUCGGUCUGGUCCUCCGAAUACUCCGUGCCUUGAGGAUUCUGUACGUCAUGCGGCUGGCCAGGCACUCCCUGGGGCUGCAGACGCUGGGGCUGACCGCCCGCAGGUGCACCCGGGAGUUUGGGCUCCUGCUGCUCUUCCUCUGCGUGGCCAUCGCACUGUUCGCUCCGCUCCUGUACGUCAUUGAGAACGAGAUGGCGGACUCACAGGAGUUCACCAGCAUCCCCGCGUGCUACUGGUGGGCUGUCAUCACCAUGACCACGGUAGGCUACGGAGAUAUGGUUCCCAGGAGCGUUCCCGGCCAAGUGGUGGCACUGAGCAGCAUACUGAGCGGCAUCCUCCUCAUGGCAUUCCCAGUCACUUCCAUCUUCCACACGUUCUCGCGCUCCUACGUCGAGCUGAAGCAAGAACAGGAAAGAAUCAUGUACAGGAGGGCACAGUUCUUGCUCAAAACAAAGUCUCAGAUAAGCAGUGCAUCACAAGGGAGUGAUAUUUUGUUCCCAAGUAUCUCUACUGACAAUAGGGCAAUGAGUGACAUUUAAGUUACAGUUUUUCCUCAUGUGAGUAACGUUUUGUUGUAUCAGAUUCCAUCUUUUACUUUGCUUUGGAAGCAUUUUACAAAGGUUACCCUCAUUUCGAAAGGAGGAGAAGGGGCUGUUAACCAGGAACCGAUGUGUUUUAAGAGGUCUCCAAUUAUGUUGUUUCUUCCCCCCAGCCUUCCCAGUAUUACGCACAGGACAGGGCUUUCACAGAGAUCACACAGUGGGUUUUUAGGGAUGAGAAGUUCUCUGACAAAAAUAACGUAUCAUUCUGUACUCAAGAGGAUGUUUUGUCUUUUGUACUGCACAUUUUUUCCAACUGAAUCACAAUGUAUAUAAUCAUUAAGCAGGCUGUCAUUUUUCUUGUAUAUAAAUAAUGUAAAUACAACAAAAUUAAUGGCUAAAUUCUCUCCCAGUAAAAUGCCUUAGAGCAUGAUCGAAAUAACCACAGAGGUUUGUCCCACUGUGCUCCUAAAGAACAUAAAGUCAGAUUCGUCAUUCAAACAGCAGCCGUACAUUUCUUUGUAAGUCAGCCCUACACAUGCCAGGGACAAAAAAAGAACCGAGCUGUUUGUAUCAUAACCUCACUGAAGAUGCAGAUACUUAGAGCUCAUCAGCUCCAAAAUUUAAGUGAAGUUACGGUAUUGAUCCUGUGUCAUUGAGUGCAGGAUUCCAAGGAACAGUCUUUUGAGUUUUGUAGCAUUUAAUAUUAUCAAGGGGACACUAGCUGCAAAUCAAAUGAAAUAUGCAUGGUAAGAUGCCAGUCGUUCCCUACCAUCUGUUUCCAUGUUUUUACUUUACCUCAGAUAUGAAACAGAAUUAAGAGAGGCCUGUUUCCAGGGAACACCCUACUGUUGCUUGUCGAAUCAAUAUUGCAGCUACCCAUUCACAUUCAGCAUUGGGUUCUUUAGAUGGAGCAGAAAAUAUGUGGUCGUGGGAAGUUGCCACUGAUGAAAAAAAAAAAAGAAAAUAUCAUUUGAGUCAUGGAGCGGGGGGUGCUGACAGCUUUAUCCUUUCCUGUCCUCAAUCAUGAGGGACUUAAGAGUUGAUUAACUAUACCUUUACCAGCAUUAAAGACAUCAUAGUAAUGGAGAAAACUUUGAAUAGGCUAUGAAAAGGCAGUUAAGGCCCUAAAGCACAACUGUAUAAUAGUUGGUUGGUCCAGGCUCCCCACUGACACCUGGGGCAGUACCUGGGUCAGGGAGGAGCUCAGGUUUGGCACCUGCCCCUAUGCAGAUAAGUGCCAGGCCUCCCCUUUGUUAUGAGAUGGUUUGCAUAACAACACAGGAGACAAACUCCAGAACCUCAAAAAAAAAAAGAAAAGAAAAGAAGUGUGAAAUCCACUUGUUUGAGUUCGUGUGUGCUCAGACAUAAAAAAGAGAGAAACUCAUAAAUUACACUUCCUCCCCUCUCCCCCCACCAUUAACUGUUAGGAGCUAGGGAGAUUUGGAAGUUCCCAUCACAUUUACUAAUGCCUCUCUACCCCAGUUUGCAGAAGCCUCCUUGCUUACUGGCCUGGUCGAUGGGAGUGCCAGCAUGUAGGAUGGUUUGGUGCAUUAGAUGAGAGCCAAAAAAACAUAGGAUUUGUUCCUCAGCCCAAGCAGGUUGGUCAAGCACUUGUUACACUGGUUUUCUUUUCGAGCAUCUUAAAUAAAAUUUGAAGGUGUUUUGCUACACUUAUUUUUAAGGAAUAGUUCCCAAACUUUAAAAAGUGCACUUUACAAAUAAUUAGGGCUCUAAAAAUCUGCUGUCGUAGAAAAAUGUGCCAAUGGAGCAUUCCUACAGAGAGCUAACACACCCAGCAUAAACUCUUGGCAAUUAAUUAUGUGCCAGAGCUAGGAACCUAACCAGCUUUUCACUCUUGUUCAGCUUUAAUUAGAGUUGGAUAAAAAACAGGAACAUCGUGACAAAAAAGGGACACAUUUUCCAUCCAAAAUACUCUUAAUUUCAAAAAUGUUUGAUCAUCUGUAGCAUUGGCUUCAAUACAAGUGCUGUACAUCCUUCUCCUUUUGUGUCAGCAUUCAUUACAGAAAGAAGUGGUAAUUAGAUGGGUCCUGUGAGCAACAGUUGCCUAUCUCAGACUGUGUGUGACAGGCUGAGCUGUACUUUUGGAAAUGAGAAGGGAGAAGUCGAGUCUCAUCAAACAAAACCCAAGCUUGUUUCCCUUUUAUUCUAGCUAACAAAUCCAUUCAUUUUUUUAGCAUCUCUACAUUGAGUUAACGGCCAUUUAUUUCAUGUGUCACUUUAUUUUAAUCCCAGAAUUGUCACUUGAUUCUCAAGUCCCUGUCCAGAAAAAAAGAGAUCGCCCCGAAGCUGGGUGUUGGUAGAGCAAACCUGUGACAGCAUCCCUCCUGCUGGGAGCUCUGCCUGAGCCGGGAACAAAUCGGCCUGGCAGGAUGUACCCCUAUAUAAUUUUGUACUUGGCAGCACAUCACUUGUAAGAGCAUCAGCACGUCUCACUAUGAAUCAUUGUAACAAACUUGCUUCUGUUUUACACAAGGUAGCGCAUACUGUAGGCCAUAUGCUAAAUAAAUCCAGAUAUACGUCUUAAGAGCACAACAUUAGUAUGAAACCCACAUGCUGCGUUCUGGCUUUUACUGUGAAGGCGGAACAUUUAAGGUGAUUAUGACUCUUUAGAGCACAUUAUCUGAGAUUUUAGUCAAAUUCGGGAAAAUUGUGGAUCGAUUCAAAAGCUGACUGUUUCCAGUGACACAGCUGACAGCUACCAAGUCAGCUAUCACUCCUUUUUUGCAUUUUAACAGCAUGUGCAGUCAACAAGAAAGUUCCAGUAAAAACACUGCGCUUUUAUGAAGUCAGAAGAAUGUUAGAAUUCCCACUGACAGAGUGGUGCAUGUCUCCAGCAGAGAUAGGCUUGCAUUGCUGUUUGCAUUAGCCUGUGUAUACUGCAGAAGUACAUACAGUACAAAUUCAAACAGCAAUAGCUGUAUUAAUUUCAAGUAAUAAAUUGUUAGGCUCUCCUUUCCUUUCCACAUGCUUCUGGAGGAGUGGAAGGACUGUCACAAGUGCUAUAGGCAGGCACCGCCGCCAGCAGGAGGUGAGAAGUGAGCAGCAGCUGAGGGAGGGUUUGGGCAAUGAGCAUCACCAGCUGAAGCACACUGGCUUCAGAAAAUUUAAAGCAUUUAUUAGGAAAUAAAGUUACCUGAGUAUAGAAAAAGCUGGGCAUCAGAUCGAUAGCCUCCACUGCCAACCCUAAAAUGAGGGCUGGCAAGGGGUGGAUCCUGGCUCCAGCCCUUCCAUCACUCAGUGCACUGCAUGCAGCUGAGCUCCCCUGGGCUGCCCUGCCUUCCCACCAGGUGCUCCAUCACUGCUUCAGGCCGUGUCUCAGCAUUUCUGCUACAGAGAUUUGGAGCAUUGCACUUCUGUUACAUGUGGGGGUUUAGUAGAUACAUGGGACUUGUCUCCGUUUGCUCCUUUAUAUUAUUUCACUGUAAUUCAGAACACCCGACUUCCAUACUCAGUGGUCGUGGUGGUCACUGAAGAGUCAUAGGCUUUAGCAAGUCUGAUUAAGCAACAGCAGUUGUACAGAACUGAAUCAUGAGUUUGCACGUCAGCAAGAUACACGUCUGGAAGGAAAAGCAGCACGCUGUCCACAUUCAUGACUUGUUUGGGUAGAACUUAACUGGGUACAAAUGGCUGAUGCAAAAGCAUAAGAAGUUUUGCUGCAGAAGGUUCUCAUUCCUACCGCUGCAGCUCUCUGUGCCACUGUAACCAAAGUUCAUGGGAGUCUCUCAGUGAACAAAAGCUCACCCCUCAGUUUUCUUCCUUCACGCUGUAGACAGACUGAGCCAAAAUUUGUGUUAGGCCUUCCCAAAGUGCCUGAAGUCAUGGCCUCAUUGCCAGAAGACCUAGAUCACCAUUGGCAAAUUUGAAGUCUUCUCAAUUUUUAUUUUUUAAAUGGAGCUUAGAAUGAGGCAGGUCCCUAAUUCAGGUGUCUCAUUUGAAGGUCAAUGUUAGGUCAGAUGAAUUGGAGCCUCAUUCUUCAAAUGCAUAGAACCACCAACGCCUACCAGCACCAACUCUGUAUUAUUUAUCCUUCCCAUACCUCAUUCUUGACAUGUGGAUAUCAGGGAACAAGGAGUAGCACCCAGAGCCUGGUCAAAGAGGUCACCCUGGGCUGUCCAGGAGCAGUGUGAACCAGUGUCAGUGGCAAGCAGAGUGGUUCGUGGCAGUUCGUGCCUACAAUAGGCAGUGCUUUCCUAAAAUAGUUCUGUUCCCCACAGUUACUGGCUUUUUUUCCUUUUGGCUUAGUUAAGAAAAAAAGACUUGUAAGUUAAAGCAAGAGGAAAGGAGCAGGCCCUUCUUGCAACAAAGCUGUAAAACUUCACAUCCUUCCCUUGGAUUUACAACAGGCUGAAAACUGGACUGGAUACCCAUAGUCCUACAGAUGAAACUGACUGUUUAAUCAGAAAUUAAAUGAAAAAGUGACAAAUGUAACUGAAGACUGGGAGUCUUGAAGUCUCUGCUCAUGUAUCAUUCAGUGCUCCAGUAGUAUAUAUCCCACUUUUUUCUGCAUUAAUAGUUGCUAGCUUCCUUGUGCAAGAUUUAACAGGAAUUUAGUAUUUAUUUAUCCGAAAGAUGAGAUGUGUACCAAAAAUACAGAAAUAAAGCCCAGAGUGCGAUGCCUUCUGAACUGGUGGAACUGCAGCAUCCCCUGGGCCAUCUAGAGAGCAGCACUGCAACCUGCAGAAAGCAGGCACAACUGAAGGCAUGGGCUAGAUUUCACAACAGGGGAUGAGCAUCACUCCCAACAACAAAAAUACACUCCAAAGGUUCUAUUACUAGCACAGAAAAAUGCUUAACUCGAGAUUUACCCACUCACUUACCAUUUCCUCUGUGGUAUUUUAAUAAGCCAAAUUCAGUAUUUCUAAUGAUCUCAGCAUCGCUAACAUAGAAAUGAUUAUUUGAAGGACUGGAAAGUGGAGAUCAGUUCAGAUCCCAAGUGCCACUCCGCUGAGGCACUUCAGCUCUGUGUGCGUUCUGUCUCAUCUCGUGACAUUAGAGUGUAAGUCCUCAGGACAGCGUUCCUUGUUUGGGAUCAGUCAGCAGGACUGAGUAAAAUCAUACACCUCAAAUAAAAAUAAAUUCACAUCCCACAAAUGAAGGAGAACAUUGCCUGCACUGCACUGACAAACUUAAAAUGGUCAGUUUGGCUUAAUAAUUAUUAACAAUAAAACCAGAGCUUCCUCCCUUUUCGCUUACUGUU